AUGACCGCAGCACAACAGCAGGUUCUCCCAAUCAGCAGCAGCAGAAGCAGCACAAGACUUCCUCUCAACAUGGUCCAACAAGAAAGCCGGUUGAACCGGGAACGAUUUGUGGUCUUCCUUCAGAUCUUACUACGAAGGUUGGAAGUCUCUCAAGCUUUCCAUCUGAAGCUACAAGCAAAGGUUCUCGUCAUGCAAUGCACGAGAAACAAUAAGAUGGGGGAUGCCACACCGUUGGUCACCUCUCUGGAACUCCACCUCCGACAACUCGUAGGAGAGGUACAUUGGAGAUAUGCCAUCCAUGCCACGCACCGCUAUUUCCGUCAAAAGCAGCAGCAACAACAACUGCAGCAGCAGCGAUUUCCCUUCCAUCUCAAGACUACACAAGUCAUUGGACUUUAG